GGAAAGCAUUCUCCAUCUUUCCGCAGAGCGGCUCGCCUCUCCCUUCCCACGCAGCAGAGCCCGGUUCAGACGUGCCCGCCCAGAGCUCAGAGGCAUUUUGGAAGCAUCCCACACAGUCUGAGGCCGGAGGGCCCCAGCAGGGAGACGAGGGCUGAGCCACACACACCCCAAUUCCGGAACAAAAGCCUGGCUGCCACCCGCUUGGGGCGGGGGAUGGAGGGGGCCAUGUGGCCUGUGCUGCUGCCAGUGCGAAGCCUGCCAAGGCCUGGUUUUCGAGGGUGGGCCGCCAUGCGGUUUUGGGCAGGAGCUGGGCAGAGAGGCGCCUUUGCGGCAGGCGGUGGAUCAGGGCGAUCUCUGGGGUUGGGAGGCAGGAGUGGGAGAGGCGAGGCAGGGCUGAGUCCGGGGCUCCCUGCCUGGGGAGUGAGGUCGGAGGGCUCGAUGGAGGUGGCAGCGUGUGCCGAGGUUUCUGUGGCCUACCGGGUGCCCCCCCCCCGCCAACCAGGCCUGGCGGGGUGCUCUGGGCAGCCUCUCGCAAGGGCCUGGUCUGUGGUGGAGGUCCUCGCCUCUGCUCAUCCUCCCCCUCCCCGGCAGCGACGUCGCCAGGCUGCCUCCCUCCGUGGGUUUGCAGGGGAUCUGGUUUCAUGCGGGGUCAUGCGCACUGCUUCGGGCAGGGGGAGUGGGGGCCAUUUCUGAACGACUGAGGACGUCCUUCCUUGCUCGUCUCUCUGUGUGACUCAGGUUGGGUGUGUAUGUGCGUGUGCGCAUGGCUCCACAAGUCCUUGUGUGGCCUACAGGAACCUGCAGAUGGAAGCAGCUCGCUGCUGCUGACCAGGAAGCCACAGGGACCUCUGUGUGUGUGUGGGAGGAGGUCUCCCCCAAGACCGAUUCCGCAUGGCGGCCCCAGAUUGACCAAAUCUUGAUACACCAGAAAGUGGAACUUGUAGAAGCUUUCAUUGGUUUUGAGGGCAACAACAAGUACGAGGUGCGCAACAGUCUGGGCCAGCACAUCUUCCACGCCGAGGAACAGAAUGACUGUUGCACCCGCAAUUGCUGUGGCUCCUUGCGCCGUUUCUCCAUGAGGCUGGACGACCCCUCGGGCCGCGAGGUCUUGCGCAUGGUCCGACCCCUGAAGUGUGUCAGUUGCUGGUUCCCUUGUUGUCUGCAGGAGCUGGAAGUCCAGUGCCCUCCUGGCACCACCAUUGGGUACGUGGUGCAGACAUGGCACCCCUUCACGCCCAAGUUCUCCAUCCAGAACGUGGAGAAGGAGACGGUACUGCGUAUCUUGGGACCCUGCUUUGCCUGCAGCUGCGGCGGAGAUGUCAACUUUGAGGUGAAGACGCGGGACGAAUCGCGUGGCGUGGGCCGGAUCAGCAAGCAGUGGAGCGGCCUUCUCAAAGAGGUCUUCACGGACACGGACAACUUUGGGAUCCAGUUCCCCAUGGACCUUGAUGUGAAGAUCAAGGCGGUGCUUCUGGGGGCCUGCUUCCUCAUUGAUUUCAUGUUUUUUGAGAAAACGGGAGAAGUCGGACAGAGGUCUUCGGUGAUCACGAGCUAAAGCCACUCUGUCUCUGGGACGGGCCCCGUUGCUCUUCUGACGAGGGGCUGAUGUGAGCCUGGAGGAAGGUGCGAGGGUGUGUGUGUGUGUGUGUGUGUGAGAGAGAAUGAGGUCCCUGGCCGUGCAAUCCACGUGUGCUUACUCAGAAGCAAAUCCCUCUGGGUUCAGCGGGGUGUACUCCUGGGUAUGUGUGCACAGAGUUGUGUUUGGGGGGGAGUGUUCCCGUGGGGAGCUUUCUUGCCCAAGUUCAUGGAAGCAGCUGUACAAGAGCACUUCUGUUUCAGUGGGGCUUGUGCAAGAGACCUUCCCACUGGAUUAGGCCCCAGGCAUCAGAGCUGCCUGCCUCCUCCUCCUCCUGCUGGUUUUCUUCUAGGCCCUCCUCUGCCUGCCCUCGUGGCUGCAGGUGCUUUGCUCUCCACACAGCUUAGAGCUGCCAUGUGGUGAAGUGUCUCCCCACCACCACCACCCAACCGUGGCUGCUUUGACACAGCAUUUGGGUGAGUCCCAUGCUGUGUCCUGCAUCCAGAGUGGCGCCUUCAGCCCCGGAGAGAUGGGAAACAUGCCCAGGCAGAUCCUGAGUCUGUGGCAGAGACUUGUCUGGGACCGAGGUCGCCCACAGCUGCUGCUUCCAUCUCUCUGUGUGAGAGCAUGUAGAGACGCCGAGGGAGCAGAGCCCGAGGUUGGAAGCCAGCCUGGGCAGGCGCCUGGGAGGAGGGAGAGGUGGAGGUGCCCCUCCAGGGUUUCGCACAGCAGGUGCGCACGCAGGGACCACGUCUGCCUGGGCGUGAGGCUCCGUAUGUGUGUGGGCAACACAGAACAAGCAAGGCGAAGGCUUUCAGUUGACCCAGCCAGUGUUCUGAAAUAGGGUGCACAAUUCCAGACUUUACCAAUCUCUUCCAUCCAGUGACUCAGUCAGUUACGUUGCACAAGGGCCGUGGUGUGUGUGUGUGUGUGUGUGUGUGUGUGUGUGUGUGUGAAGUUUCAAGUUUUCAUCAGGAAUAAAGAAAUAAAGGGGGCAGUGGGGAUUCCUUUUGGAAGUUUAAUAAAGAGAAGCCUUGAGGCAUAGCUACCCUCAAGUUCCCUCCUGACCGUCACAUGGGCGGGGGACGGGGGAUGGCCAGAGCAAAAGGUAGCCGGCCCGAGGCGUGUGCCAUGUGCAGCCCUGUGGCACCGGGCAGAAGCGAAGCUUCCCACUGUUGGCCUGUGCACAGGGGUAUGCUGCCCCCAGUGCCUCUGGGGCCCCUUAAGGAGAAAGGGAGCCUUUUCCGAGAAGAAGAAGGCAGGUGGCGAGUGCUGGGAGGCAGAGCUGUCCGUCUGCACAGGCCCCGCUGCAAUUGUUGAGAGAAAAUGCAGGCAGACACGAGAAGCAGAUUUGGCAGGUGAACUGGAAUCUGGACGAGUGAGUGAGUGAGUGUGUGUGUGUGUGUGCGCGCGCAGAAGAGAGAACAAAGCAUUGGUCUCGGCUUGCGUGGCGAGGCUGGGUCUGUGUGUGUUGAUCAGCCAGUGAGGGGGUUCACGCAGUCAUUAACGGGCUGGUAAGACCAGCAUCGUCCUUGCGGUGUGUGCUCCUGUGUUUUGAUCGGGGGUGGGUGGGUGGGUGGAGAGACACAAAGUCAGAGACACCAGCAGAGAUUGCACCAAUGGCAGCUGGGUUGGUGGGCUUUGCCUCCUCCUGCCCAGCCGGAGACUAGCUGACUGUCGCUGGCUCCUGCGCUUCCUACCUUGUUGUCCCCUCGCACACCAUCGACAGUCGGUGUGGGCACAUCUCCCGAAACCAGGCCGGGCAUGUGCCCUACCCAGCUGAUGAUCACGUGAACUGCCCAGGUGUGAGUGUGUUGCAUGCGCUGAACGGAGCGACUAGUGCGCGCCUCCUGCCUGAACCGCCUCUUGCAAGGAGCCGAAGGUGUGGGUUGCAGGAGGUCAGGAGCGAGGAGCACGCUUGCCCUCUGUUCAUAUCAAGCAGGCCUGUAUAGCAGGCCAGGCUCUUCGGCCUUCAACCAAGAUGUCAAAACUACUUCCUAGCUCUCUGCACUGGUCAUUCACGCCAGGUUGCCUUAACCAGGGCUUCUCAGCCGUCAGUCCCCAGGUGGUGGCUGGGGUGAUGGGAGCUGUGGUCCAGCCCCAUGACCUGGAGACCCACGGCUAGGGAGCCCUGCCUUGACCACUAAGCCUGGGAACUGCCCCCCUCUUCCCUCUGGUGGGGAGGGGGUCUUCUCUUCUGCCAGGUCUACCCCACCCCACUGCAAGGCCAAAGAAACCCAAUGCUUGCGUAAUGUUGCCUGUCGUUCUGUGUAUUUUAUAUAUUUAAAUGUUUCUGCCAAAGGUGUGGCAAAGGGCUUGAGGGGCAGAGGGAGGAGAUGGGGCGAGGGGUCUGUGUGACGAAGGCCUCCUGCUCCCACCCCACCUGCCCUGCAUGAAGAAGUAAAGCGAGAUGAAGGAAGACUGGCCCCCCGGAAGAACUGAGAUGAAGGACUUGGUGGCAGUGGGGCCGCUGUGGCUGCAAGACGGGAGCGUUGGCCAAGCGGGAGGAAGACGGCUGCGGGUGGAGAAAGGGAGCCAAGUCCAAGACGGAGGGCUGCUGGCUGGGGAGAGGCCAAGCCACAGGGAUCUGGGCCAGCGGGAGAAGAGCUGGCCCUGGCCAACGGGGACAUGGCGUCUUGAGCUGGACCGUGCCUGUGGCUCCAGAACGCCGCAGCUGUGGGAAGCCCUGCUCUGGCCACACAGCCAGGGCCGGUCUGCAGGUGCAGAGGGGAGAGCUGUAGAAAUGUACAUGCCCCCCCCCAGUGCUUGGGCAGGGGGCUCCCCCUGCGUUCCCCGUGGGGGUGGUGGGGUGGAGAGAGCCCGAAGGCAGGCGCAGCGGGAGGAGAGCCCACUUUAUGCCAGGGGCUCUCAAAGGUGGGUACCCAGAUACGGUUGGACUACAGCUCCCAUCAUCCCCAGCCACAGUGGCCAAAGGUGAUAGGAGCUGUAGCCCAACGUCACCCGGGGACCCACGUUUGGGCAAGCAGGGGCUGGGGGCUGCCCCCGUGAUCUUUUCCCCUCCCUCUGCGGGUGCCCCUUCACCCUGGAUCGGGAUUGAAGGUGGGCCUUAAAACUGACAAUGGGAAUGGGAGGGGGUCCCCAGCCAUAGUGACCUGAAGGGAAUUGGGAGCAGGCAGUCCAGCCUCCUUGGGGGACCCAGUCUUGGGAGGCCCCCUGGACUGAGGACAAAUGGAAGGAGUCAUUCCUUCAGGGGAGGCAAGAACUGUCUAUGCUUUAUUAAGCAGCAAGUGUCUGUUCUCAUGACAAAUGAAACAAUAAAGGUUUGUAAAGUUCUG